GUAGUAAUUAAUUAGAAAAUAGGCCAUUAUGGAAGUUUGAGCCACGAGAAUAUGAAACUCCCGCCUCUUUUACUUAGAUCUCAAAGUAGCUUAUGGCUUUACCUUCAACAGGGCACUUUAACUCAAACUCCACUCUCUUCUCAUCUUUAUGCCUUCUCCUUAUCUUCAUACCCACCAUUUUUUUCCCAAAAUAUCCUUCAAGUUCCUAUCUUUACACUCUUUUUCAACUAUCAAAAAUGCCAACUUUAAUCAAACCUUUCCCUGUUUUAACAAAUUCUUGUUACUUUUACAAGAAUUCCCAAAUACCCUUUUCUGUAUUAAGUCUAUCCAUGCCCAGAUUAUCACGAAUUCUGUAUCCAGACACCAAUUUUUGGCCUCAAAUUUGGUUAAAGGUUACAGUGGGUUGGGCUGUUUGGCGAUUGCCAGGAAGGUGUUUGAUCAAAUUUCUCAACCAAAACCCAUUCUUUGUAAUUCAAUGCUUAAUGGGUAUUUGAGAAAUCAGUGUUAUAAGGAAACUGUUGAGUUGUUUGAAUUUAUGGGUUUCCUUCAUUUGGAAUUUGAUAGUUAUUCAUGCAAUUAUGUUUUAAAGGCUUGUAUGGAAUUAGAAGAUUUUGAGAAGGGCAAGGAAGUAGUUCAGAGAGCUGUGGAUAGAAGGGUGGAUGGUGAUAGGUUUUUGGGGAGCUCAAUGAUUAGUUUCUUUAUGAAGUUUGGUGAUUUUGAUGGCGCCAGAUGGGUUUUUAACCGGAUGGUUGAUAGAGAUGUUGUUUGUUGGAAUUCAAUGAUAAGUGGUUAUGUAAAGGGAUGUUACUAUUUUGAGGCUUUGGGCUUGUUUAUUGAGAUGAUUCUUCGAGGGGUUAGGCCAAGUCCUAUAACUAUGGUGAGUUUGGUGCAAGCAUGUGGAGGGUUGAGGAGUUUAGAACUUGGGAAAUGUGUUCAUGGAUUUGUACUUGGAUUGGGAAUGGGAAGUGAUAUUUUGGUGCUCACUGCCUUGGUUGAUAUGUAUAGUAAGAUGGGUGAAAUUGAAAGUGCUCAUUUGCUUUUCGAUAGCAUUCCUGCAAAAAAUUUGGUUUCUUGGAAUGUUAUGAUCUCGGGGUAUGUUCAAAAUUGUUUGGUGUCUAAAUCUUUUGAUCUGUUUCGUGAAUUAGUAAUAACUGGUGGUGAUUUUGAUUCUGGAACCAUAAUUAGCCUCCUCCAAUGUUGUGCUCAAAUAGCUGAUUUGGAAAGUGGAAAGGUUCUCCAUGGCUGUAUUUUUCGAAGAGGCCUUGACAUGAACCUUAUUUUGUCUACUGCAAUUGUAGAUUUGUAUUCAAAAUGUGGUGCUGUAAAGGAGGCAACUUUUGUGUUUGACAGGAUGAAAGAUAGAAAUGUGAUCACAUGGACUGCUAUGCUUGUAGGGUUAGCACAAAAUGGGAAAGCUGAAGAUGCCCUCAAAUUAUUUAAUCAGAUGCAAGAAGAGGGGGUUGCUGCCAAUUCUAUAACAUUAGUUGGUUUAGUCCACUCUUGUGCCCACUUGGGUUCCUUGAAGAAAGGAAGGAGUGUCCAUGCUCAACUAUUUCGGCAUGGAUAUGAUUUUGAUGUAGUUAACAGGACAGCCUUGAUUGAUAUGUAUGCCAAGUGUGGAAAGAUAAACUAUGCUGAGAGGGUACUCAGAGAUGGGUCUUUCUUUAAAGAUGUUAUAUUAUGGAAUUCUAUGAUAACAGGCUAUGGCAUGCAUGGCCAGGGACAUAAAGCGCUUGAUAUCUUUCGCAGAAUGUUAGAGGAGGGAGUCAAACCAAGUCAAACUACAUUCAUCUCACUUCUAUCGGCUUGUAGUCAUUCAGGGCUUGUGAACCAGGGAAGAAGUUUGUUUGUAAGCAUGGAAAGUGAUCAUAACAUCAGACCUACUGAGAAGCACUAUGCUUGCUAUGUGGAUCUUCUUAGCAGAGCAGGACGUCUUCAAGAAGCUGAGGCAUUGAUCAAACAAAUGCCUUUUCAGUCCAGCGGUGCAGUUUUUGAAGCAUUGCUAAGUGGAUGUAGAACUCAUAAAAACAUUGACAUUGGCAUAAAAGCUGCAGACCAUUUAUUAAGUUUGGAUGCAACAAACCCUGGAAUUUAUGUUAUGUUAUCAAAUAUAUAUGCUGAAGCAAGGAGAUGGGAUGCAGUAGAUCACAUUCGAGGUCUCAUGAAGAAACGGGGGCUGAAAAAGACACCGGGUUACAGCCUGAUUGAAGUAGGAAAGCAGGUUCAUACAUUUUUUGCCGGAGAUGAAUCGCAUCCAAAUCGGGUGGAAAUCAGUCAGAUUUUGGAGAAUUUAAGAUUAGAACUCGAAGCUUCAGGCUACGUGCCUGAUACUAGCUGUGUUCUUCGUGAUGUAGAUGAGCCAAUGAAGAUCAGAUUGCUGUGGAGGCACAGUGAGAGGUUAGCUAUUGCUUUUGGCCUUUUAAGCACACCAGCAGGAAGCUUGAUUAGGAUCACUAAGAAUCUCCGUGUAUGCAUUGAUUGCCAUAUCGCGACUAAAUACAUAUCAAAAGUAGUGAAGCGGGAGAUUAUUGUAAGAGAUGCAAACCGUUUCCAUCACUUUGUUGAUGGAAAAUGUUCUUGUAAUGAUUAUUGGUGAAACAGAAAGGAGUACGAGUGAUGAAGUUCUUUUCAA